AUGGGGAGCCGAGACGGUGGUGAUGAAGCGAUGGCAGCGGCGCAGGAUGAGGAGGAGACCGGGAACGUGGUGGAAUCGUCUCCCGCAACUGGUGACGGUCGAGGUGGUGGGUCGUCAGACGUUGCGGGUUGUGGCGGGGACUCAGGCGGCGGAGGUGGAAGCGGGGGAGUGGUGGUGAACAGUAGGGUGAAGGGACCCUGGUCGCCGGAGCAAGACGAGGUGCUAGGUAAGUUGGUGAGCAAGUUCGGGGCAAGGAAUUGGAGCUUGAUCGCUCGGGGGAUUCCAGGCCGGUCCGGUAAAUCUUGCAGGCUUCGUUGGUGUAACCAGCUUGACCCUUGUUUGAAACGGAAGCCUUUCACUGAUGAAGAAGACAGAAUCAUCAUUUCAGCUCAUGCUGUCCACGGAAACAAGUGGGCAGUAAUCGCAAAACUACUCCCUGGUAGAACCGACAAUGCAAUUAAGAACCACUGGAAUUCAACUCUAAGGCGCAGAUAUUCUGAGCUACCAACAUUCAAACGUGCAGCUAUCAAUGGGAUGUUGAUGGAAAAUGGUAGCUAUGACAGAGCAAAGACAUCAUCUUCAGAAGAGACUCCUUCAGUUGGUGAAAGUAAUUCACUAAAGCCCAUUGAACAAAGAGAUGUUGCAAUGGAAGAAAGAACCCAGAUGGAUGAGGAGAUUUGUAAAACGCAGGAUGUAGUUCACUAUGCCGCCGUCAUAUCCCAGGAACAGCCUCCUAGCCUUCCUCGUCCUGUGGCAAGAGUCAGUGCAUUCAGUGUUUACGUUCCUCCCAAUGGCCGAAAAGCCAGCAGCCCAGCCUGUCGCACACGGCAAAUUCCAGACCAAGAACCUUUAAUCCAAGCUUCAAAAUCCGACUCUGGAAUUGGAAAGUUACUUGAAGGUAUUUGCAGCGAGCCGAUGGUUCCUUCAAAAUGUGGGUUUGGUUGCUGCUCAACACCAAGUGGUGGUAGCCAGUCUGGGAGCUCACUAUUGGGACCCGAGUUUGUCGACUAUGAAGACUCAUCACUCCCCUCUUUCUCAAGUCAUGAGCUAAUCUCGAUCGCCACAGAUUUGAACAACAUAGCUUGGAUAAAAAGUGGGAUUGAGAACAGUAAUAACAGUUCCUUACCAGGCAGUGCUGCUGCAAGCCCUAUCACCCCUCAAGCACCUUCACAAAUGGGAGUUCCUGAACAGAACUUCAGACAUGGCCAUAUGGACGGUCAAACCAAGUUUGUCGGAACGAUGGCAGAUCAUAUGUCGAACUAUAUGCCUGCUAGACCUUUAGCAAUGAGAGCUGAAGUCGAAAGCUUGAGCUAG